AUGAAAGGGAAAAUAUGCAAGUCAGUAGGCUUCUGGCAUGGCGAGAAGUUACAGAAGUGUACGUAUACCAUUUUUCUUUACAAUGUUGAAAAUUUCUGGUGUAUUAAUCGUCAGCAUAAUGGCAGUUCAAGUCGCAGGCGGACACCCUGCCGGCUACGGGGCCCCGUGUAAUUCCACAAUGUUCAGAUGUCCACUCGAUUACACGUCUUGUUUGCAAGGAGUCUGCCAAUGUCCACCCAACACGGCUCCGGUGAUGCUUCAAUGGAAAACUUAUUGUGGAGAUAUCGUGCAAAUAAAACGGAUUUCUACCAUUGAAGACCAUCCCUGGGUAAUUUCGAACGCGUCGUGCCUCUCCUCAAAGAAGGAAGCGGUGGCCAAGUCGUCCUGCCGCCACAGUCCCUGCUACUCCGGGAUCUUGGUCGACCUCUUGCGCAGUGCAGACGAGGACGGAAAGUUUCUGGACAAUUGCACAAUCACGAAGGUCAGUUCGGUUGGACGGUUCAAAUCCGGAACUUGGACAAAUAACUCGAUAAUGGAUCACCUGGCUGGAAAUAAAACUGAUCUUGGACUCGCCAUUUUCAAUCAACCCACCUUAUCAGCCGAAGUUAAGGCGGCCGUCCAUUUCGAGUCCGUCGUGGUGGGAGACUAUCGGUACAAUAUUUCCUUGGGGAUCGCCUUCCCCAAGUCGUUCGAUAAAAAGCGCGCUGACGAAUUAGACAGCAGAAUCACAGGGAUGACACGUAUCGGCCGAGCGGGAGAGAUCUUUGAUAAAUAUUUCCUCAAGGAUGGGCCCACUCUCUGGAAGAAGGAGAAACAGUUGACUUCUUUUAAACCGAGACGGGUCGUUAUGUGGGAGUAGUUUUACCCGGGUGGGGAAAAAUUGUUACAGGAAUUACAGGAACUUUUCCUUAAUAAAUAAUAUGUACGUGCAAGAAUUCGAGAAAGAAUAAAGAAAUUUGGUGGACUUGA